UGACAACAUUCUUCUUAAAGGGCGAACCUCACGAUAUUGGAUUGUUCGUCACGUAAAAUUUUCCUGCCCGUUUUUUUCUUUCAUCCUUCCUGCCCAUGCGCGCGCCUUGUACCCCGCCUGCCCGCUCCUGCUACAUACUACGUCGCGAUAGCUUCUCUUCUCAAUUCCAUGGAAGUCCAGGCCCAUUCAACACCACGAUACCUAAGGUAUCUACAUACCGCGGCAUCACACCUAGAACUGGAAAACUUCUUCACGCUAAUUGUCAAGAUGUCACAUGUGACACGGGACAAGAACCUUGGUUCAAUCAGGGGAUGAAGGUAUAGCUACUGGCUGCCAGAUCAGGAAGCUGAGAUUCUGGCAAUUGAACCAGUCAAACAAGACGAUGGAUCGAUCUACAUGUGUUGCGCGCAAACACAUGGGGAAGAUGGCGCCUUUGAAUUUUUCUUCACAAGAGCUUUGUGCAGUUUCCUGGGGCCGACCGUGACCCCUGCCGAAUGGCUGUCGAACUGUCGAUAGACUCAUGCCAUGCUCGUUGCAACCUUCUCGAUCUUGCCAAGCAAUACUACGCCAAUCCAAGUUUGUCUGUGAUCUUUGGCUGCCGCUUGACCUUGGGUUGUUAGCCAACACCAAGAAAAAAAACAUGAGAUCGUAUAAUGCAGUUUGGCCAAGAGCAUAAAUGGGAUCAACAACCUUCCGGAUUAGGUUAUGCCGCGAUGCACAACGGAGGGACCUGAUGCAACCAACGUGCCGAUCGGAAGGUACCAAUCCAAGCAAUCGUCCCCGACUUGCCCUUCCCGGUUGACGGGUGCCAGACACCGCUCAUCGAAGCUUGAAAGUAUCAAGGGUAUCCGCGGGACAACCGACAAACGAAAACUGGUCGUCUCCCGGUCGAUACUAGUAUGAGACGAACCGCGAUACGGAACCGCUACCGAGUUCUCAUGCAAAUCACCCUUCGAAAAUGCGUCUAUCCAGAUGCCGAACAUGGAUAGAGGCCGGUUACUUGGCCCAUCAAAACACCUUCCCCUUCGAGCUUGACCUCGAUAUCGACUACUACCUACCCCAAAUAUCCACCAUGUCACCUACUCUACCUAGGUAGCUCAACCUCACGAUGCUGAUGCUGAUCCAGACCUUCCACCGACCGGCGCCCCAGCUUUACACGCACAACGGGCAACUAGUAUAAGAUGGCCCAUGGCCCAUUGACCGCCAUCAUGAUUCUGAGGGAGAAGGCAGUGACGGGGAAAAUAGCAUCUCGAAGCCCACCACCACCACCACCACCAUGAAGUAUCUUUCCAUCCUCACCGCCCUCUUGGGCCUUGCCUCCGCCACCGCCAUCCGCUCCGAAGCCCGGCCCAAGCGGACUGCCUACGAUGGCUACAAGGUCCUCCGUGUCGCCGCCGGUGAUGACGCCGACAAGCUGAACAAGAUCAUCGCCGACCUCGAGCUCGAGACCUGGAAGGGUGUGGCCAAGGUUGGCGGUCACGCCGACGUGGUCAUCCCGCCCUCCAAGCUCGCCGCCUUCAACGCCCAGGCCGAGGGCUUCGAGACCCUCACCAUGCACGAGGACCUCGGCGUCUCCAUCGCCAACGAGUCUGGUUUCCAGGCCUACGCCGGCACGGCUGACCAGACCUGGUUCAACACGUACCACGCCUAUGCCGACCACUUGACCUUCCUCAGGGAUCUCGUGGCUGCCCACCCCAACCAGUCCGAGAUCGUCACCUCUGGCACUUCGGUCAACGGCAACGCCAUCACUGGUAUCCGUUUCUGGGGUAGCGCCGGCAAGGGCGUCAAGCCCGCCAUUGUGUUCCACGGUACCGUGCAUGCGCGCGAGUGGAUCACUACCAUGGUCGCCGAGUACCAAGCCUAUUACCUCCUGACCAACUACGGCUCCGACGCCACCGUCAAGUCCUUCGUCGACAAGUACGAGUUCUACAUCUUCCCCGUCGUCAACCCGGACGGCUUCAUCUACACCCAGACCAGCAACCGUCUCUGGCGCAAGAACCGCCAGUCCAACUCGGGCUCCUCGUGCGUCGGCCGCGACAUCAACCGCAACUGGCCCGCCCACUGGUCCACGUCCGGCGGCGCCUCCACCAACCCGUGCGACGAGGCCUACAAGGGCGCCAAGCAGGGCGACGCGCCCGAGACGACGGCGCUCGCUGCGUUCUUGAACAAGGUCAAGGCCGCGCAAGGUCUCAAGUUGUUUAUUGACUGGCACUCGUACUCGCAGCUUUUCAUGUCUCCCUACGGCUACACCUGCUCCUCCGUCCCCGCCAAAAACUCCGAGUACCAAUCCCUCGCCCGCGGCGCCGUGGCCGCCAUCAAGUCCGUCUACGGCACCACCUUCAACUACGGACCCAUCUGCACCACCGUCUACAAGGCCACGGGCAACUCGGUCGACUACGCGUUCGAUGUCAGCGGCGCCGAGUACGCGUUUACGUUGGAGUUGAGGGAUACAGGCGCCAAUGGAUUCAUCCUGCCUGCGUCGCAGAUUUUGCCGAGUGGCGUGGAGGCGUGGGCGGGAGUCAAGUAUUUGUUGGCCAAUAUGAAGUGAGGGGACCAAAAAUGGAAAGGGAGAGGAAGAAUGUGGUGAGAGAGAAAAAGAGAGAGAGAGAGAGAGAGAGAGCCAAGGGGAUGGGUUGGGAGGGGUUAGGACUGGUGUUGAUAUAUAUUGGCAUUGGACAUAUACUUACCUACCUACCUACCUACCUGCCGUACUCUGUGCAUAUACACCGCACACCUGAGGCUUUCACUCAUCUCACUUUCACUCUUGAAAGCAAAUUAGCAAUACUCGCUGCCUUGUAACGUUGCUGAAAUGUUCUUGUUGUCUUUUGGUUUACGGUUUUGGUCUAGAUGCAAC